AUGCAAAUUUUCGUGAAGACCCUCACGGGGAAGACCAUCACCCUCGAGGUUGAACCCUCAGACACCAUCGAAAAUGUCAAAGCUAAAAUCCAAGAUAAGGAGGGAAUCCCACCUGAUCAACAGAGGUUAAUUUUCGCCGGAAAGCAGCUUGAAGAUGGCCGCACCCUUUCGGAUUACAACAUUCAGAAGGAGUCCACACUCCACCUGGUGCUGAGGUUACGUGGUGGUGCCAAGAAGCGUAAGAAGAAGAAUUACUCCACACCCAAGAAGAUCAAGCACAAGAAGAAGAAGGUCAAACUAGCUGUGCUCAGAUUCUACAAGGUGGACGAGAACGGCAAGAUCCAUCGGUUGCGUCGUGAAUGCACCGGAGAGCAAUGUGGCGCGGGAGUGUUCAUGGCUGUCAUGGAGGACCGCCACUACUGCGGCAAGUGUCACAGCACCAUGGUGUUCAAAGACGACGACAAGUAG